UCGAUGCAAUGUUGCCGCACGAGAAGGUCGAAUUUCUUUUGACGUGCAUUAGAAGCCCGUACGUCGAAGAAAACAUAAAUCUGACCUUCGAAUACCUCAACCAAAUUAAAAGCUUGCGAACCAAGCGGUAUCAAUUACGAGGGUUAAGGAGGCCGAUUUCUCCGGCAGCGCAAACCGCACAGCAGCCAGAUCAAGCAGCUGAUCGAGAAAGAUCCCGUGUGACGCUCGAUGACAUCAUGGCUGAGCUAGGAGGGAUAAAAGUCACUAUGGGAUCGGACAGAACCGAAUUCAGUAACACAGUUGGCCAACUCAGUAACACAGUCGGCCAACUCAGUAACACAGUCGGCCAACUCAGUGUCUCAAUCGGCCAACUCAGUGCCACAGUUGCCCAUCUCAGCAUUGAAUCAAUUCAAACCAAUGCUAAGUUACAAACUUUACAAGCCAACUUCGAGAAGCACCUAAGGGAGGAGCACCGUCAACCGAUGGCCGUUACGCCACCUAGGAUAUCACCUCCACCUCAAGAUUCACCAAUCGGUGCAGCUCCAGCCAUACAACUGCCUGAAGAAGACAAUCGACGAUCAGAAUCAGCUCGAGAAUCUACUGGUACGGAUCAGUCAUCUAAUUCACCUCGAGUUUCGUCACAAGAUGACUUUCCUGAUGUCACGUUCGCUUCUUCAUCAGCCUCACCUGAAAUUGAAAUUCCCGAUUCUGAUGAGUCGUCUAGCGCAGCUCCAGCUUCACCAGCGCCCCGUGACUCAUCGGAAUCGUCGGCUAAUACUCGGCGUUCUAUGUACAUCCUGAGGUCUCGAUGUAACGUAUCGGAUGAUGUUGUCAAGAAAUUUCCCAAAGACAUCCAAGUGGGUGGCAGUAGACCUGCUGUUAUAUCUUCAGGAAGUUCAAGUGGUGACGACGACCACGACGCAAGUAAAAUAAGAAAGAUGCUGAGUAUUUUAAAGCUAAAUGAUCCCCAACAACCAAGGAUAAUCAUUUCAUCAACGUUAUCCUUUGCCGUCGAUGACGCAGAUCUGUACGCGAACACCAAUUUCGCGGAGUACAUCGCUUGGGUCGGUAAAUUGACAUCGAAAUGGCAGUGCACGGUAUGCAAUAAGACGUUUGAAACAUAUGCAAUUCCUGCUCAUGUCUGGUUGGUUCAUAUCAGGGGAUCAUUCAAAUGCGAGGCAGAAGGAUGCAACUUCGUUGGCCAUAGCGUCUCUACAAUGAGAGGCCACUUGAAGAGACAUUAACUGGUCAGCCCACUGAGGGACCUGAUGGAAGCCUCAUAUGUCAGGACAGUUGGACUUAUUAUAUGCUUACGAAACACCGGUUACGGUGUUAUGACUUAGGUGUAUUCACAUCGCACUGAUCAGGACCGAACCGGGAGCUUUCACUAUAGGUCAACUGUACCAGUAUCAACGUCAACACAUUAUCAGGCACUUAAGCUCAGAGGAUCCAUUGACCAGAUGGUCUCUCAUUGUAAAGACGCUAUUGCAAACGACGUUGCAUCCUAUCUCGCAUUUGAAUGAUCCCUCGACAUAAACCAACCAGAUAUAAAAAGGAAUUGUAUAUUUUUCGAACGACCUGUUGCAAUCCAUGCACUGCUAGUUCGAUAUCGAUUUACCGAUCCAAUCGAUGUACGCCGCGAAAUGGGUGUUCGCGUACAGAUUUGCGUCAUCGACGGUAAAGGAUAACGUUGAUGAAAUGAUUAUCCUUGGUUGUUGGGGAUCAUCUUACUUUAAUAUACUCAGCAUCUGUCUUGUUUUUCUUGCGUCGUUGUCAUCGUCAUCACUUGAACUUUCUGAUGAUAAGACAGCGCGCUUACUGCCACCCACUUAGAUGUCUUUGGGCAAUUUCCUGAUAACAUUAGCCGAUAGGUUAAUUCGAAACCUCAGGCCGUACCUAGAACGCUGAGUAUUAGCCGACGAUUCCGACGAGUCACGAGGCGCUGGUAAAGCUGGAGCUGCGCUAGACGACUCAUCAGAAUUAGGAAUUUCAAUUUUGGGUGAGGCUGAAGAAGAAGUGAACGUGACAUCAGGAAAAUCAUCUUGUGAUGAAACUCGAGGUGAAUUAGAUGACUGAUCCGUACCAGUAGAUUCUCGAGCUGAUUCUGAUCGUCGAUUGUCUUCUUCAGGCAAUUGUAUGGCUGGAGCUGCACCGAUUAGUGAAUCUUGAGGUGGAGAUGAUAUCCUUAGGUGCUUCUCGAAGCUGGCUUGUAAAGUUUGUAACUUAGCAUUGGUUUGAAUUGAUUCAAUGCUGAGGUGGGCAACUGUGUUACUGAGUUGGCCGACUGUGUUACUAAAUUCGUUUUUGUCCGAUCUCAUAGUGACUUUUAUCCCUCCUAACUCAGCCAUGAUGUCAUCGAGAGUCACAUGAGAUCUUUCUUGAUCAGCUGCUUGAUCUGGCUGCUGUGCUGUUUGCGGUGCCGGAGAAAUCGGCCUCCUUAAGCCCCGUAAUUGAUAUCGCUUGGUUCGCAAGCUUUUAAUUUGGUUGAGGUAUUGGAAGGUCAGAUUUAUAUUUUCUUCGACGUACGGGCUUCUAAUGCACGUCAAAAGAAAUUCGACCUUCUCGUGCGGCAACAUUGCAUCGAUAUCUUGCCAGAUCGGAAGGUUUGUGAGUUCUUUCCUCAUAUUGACUAUGAAACUCUUGCUAACAUAGUCAACCGCCCGGCUUUUGGACGAUGCUUGACCAGCAUUUUCUUCGCGAUCGAAGCCGGGAAUAUCGAUGAAGAAUGCUCUCUUGUCCUAUGUGCUCAUGGAAACUUAUAUAUUUAUGGAAAUGGAGUAUAUUCAUAAUGAAUUGUUAUGGACUGCAGUUCGCUCUACAAGACGUUUCUUCAUGGUCGAACGAAAUUUGCUGAACUCCCUCGUCAAUGUGUCCCAAGAGACGAAUGAUUUUUCCAUACAGCAGGGUCCUGGGUAGCAACUAUAUCCUGGAAACGGUAUUGUUUAGGAGCCAUGAGAUGGCCAUUCUUGUACUACUUACCGGAAAUGAAGAUCGUUUGUAGCUACACCUUGGAACAUAUAAUUCGCCAAGCCUGGAAUUAUUUUUCCACGGUCGCCGAUGAUCAAAGUGAACGAUUUCCCAGACUCAGUCUGUCCGAUCGAGUAGACAACUGGCAUUACCUCGGUAGGACGUUCGGCAUUGGCUGCAUUAAUAAUUUAUGAUAAAGAUCUUAUGGUAGAAGAAAUCUUCUCAACGAAGGCAUCCACCGUAAUAUCAAAAUUAGAAUGACGUAACCGAUUUUCUUGAAUGGUUACACCAGAUGCUUCAUUAGGGAAAAUGCUCUCCCGUCCCUGAACUAUCACAUGCAUUUUGAUACUAUCAAUAUAAAACAGAAGAAAUUGUACACUUAUUGAUAUUCCAUUAUGAAUGAAAAUAUAAAUACACACACAUAUAUAUACAUAUAUGUAUAUAUAUACAUAUUCAGCGACGAACUUUUAGGACUAGAUUAAAAUAAUCACUGUCGAAAUCGCCAAAUACGAAAGAGUAAAUUUUGUGAACUAUAAUGAGAAUAGAAAUGGAAAAAUAAUUUCAAGGAGUGAAAGGCGUUUCGUCUAAGUAUACGACAGUUGAUGUUGCUCAGUUAAGUCUGUCUAUCGUAUCUCAUCUAAAUCGUCGUAUUGGGAAGUACAUAUUGGAACUGUCAUAAAUAGAAUCAGGCAUAUAGACAAGUCACUGCGGUAGGCGCAAACUGUGUAAUACAAUUUCGCAGCGUGAAGCCAAACUAUCAUAUGACUUCCCUUCUUGAAAACAAGGUUGAGAUUGAAAAGCAGAAGACUUACGAAGGCGUAAUUUCAAAAUUUCAAAUCAACUGUCAGUGAAGUAGAGACUUGCAACUGCCAUUUAUAAAAUCAGUUAAGAAAACAAAAAUAUUCAAAUAUUUUGAUGGAUUUGGACGAGAAAGCGAUGAAGAUAACUAAUGUGGGAUAUAAUAACAAGAGUUCAAUUGACUUGGCAGUAUCAUUCAACAAAUUGAAGUUGCUACAGCAAUAUAUAUUUUGAUAGGAUGAUACUUAUGAAACAGAUUGUCUUGAAGCUGAUAUUGAUAUAAAUAAAUAAAUUCAUUAUCUUAAUUUCUUACCUAGAGUAAACUGAACAGUUUUAGUUUUAAAAAGUAUCCCACUAAAAAAUUAAAAAAAAAUUUGCUUUCUCAUGAAAAACUUUAAACAAUUUUUUAAGUCAAACAUUAGUGACAUUUUUCCUCUGAAACAUAUUAAAAUAUUUGUUAAAAAUAUCCUGCAAAAGGCUUGUAAAUUCCAUUUUCUUUUAAAACCUGAGAAAGUAUUAUCAAGUCAAAAAAAAUGAUGUAACUUGAGAAGUAAAAUACUUACUAAAAUUGUUAAUAUUGUAACUUAUGUUAGAAAAUAUUUAUGGAUAUAAAAAAAAAUUUUUUUGAUUGUUUAGAAAAGUACUAGAAUAAAAAAUAUUCUUGUACUAUUGAAAAAAAAAUUAAGAAAAAAAAUUUAUCGAAUGCGUCCGAUUAAAAAAAGUAAUUUGAAAAGAUUAAAAUAAAAAUUAUAAUACGUAUUAGUAAUAAUUAAAUAGAGGAUUGUAAAAGCAAAUAAUUGAUCUACGACGAUAAUUUGGUAAAAAUCUCUUGGAUAAUAUCACAAUUUCCGAUGGACAUUUAUGAGAGAAGAAUUUGAAUAUUACAGCUUAUUUAAAAUAAUUUACCAUAAAAUUUAUUUUUAUUAUUUUUUUUUUUUUAUUCUAAUUUUGUAAAUGAAAUGAAAAAUAUUAGUGUAAAAUUGAUAGUGAUUUUUUUUUUAAUGCAACAGAAAAGUUACUCAUGACUCGAGAACUUGAUAAAGUUCAUAUAAAUUUUGCUAAAAUUAAUCAUUCAUAUAGCGAUUGGUAAAAUUUGUAAGAUUAUAAUAUAAAUAUGUAAUGAUAAUUGUGUUAUCGCACCUAGUUUUUUAAGUUAUUUUUAUUGUUAUUAUUAAAAUAUAGUAAUCGAUUAUUUAAUACGUCAGGAAUGUGACCAUGUGGCAUUGUAUAAAAAGACAUGUUUAAAAGUAUAGUUGAAUAAUAUUUUGUAAAAAAUUACGGGAUCAAAUUGAAUAAUUCUGGAGAACAUCGAUUUAUUACACCGGUGCGUAACAUUAUUGAGUAAUUUUUAAUAUAAAUUUAUCUGCGGGAUAUUUACGUUUUGCACCGUACGCUACUUGUCCGAUUUUUCUAGUACUAAAAAAAAAAUACUUAUUCUAGGCUUAUAAUAAUUAUAAUGCAAAAAUUUAUCGUGACUGUGGUAUUAAUUACAGUGACAAUAAUGAUAAUUUUAUUGAUGAACAUGAAAUUGAUGGUCAAUAAAUUUUUCAAUUGUA